AUGUCGCCCGGUUCCGGCGGUCCCGCGCGGCGCAGCUUCGGCGGAACGGGAAGCGGGCUUGCGCGAAGGAGGGGAACGGCGCACGUGGUUGUGGAGAGCAAACAGGGACGGUGGGGAGGAGGUGGGGGAGCAAGAGAGGCGGCGGGGCGGACUUUUGGCAAGUGCGGAGCGGUACAACGAAGAUGGUGGGCGGAUCAAAGAAAGGCCGACGAUGUUAAUUUGAGAAUUAUGGGUUGUGCAUUGAACACGUGUGUGACGUGUAUUCACGUUUCGAAAUGGGCCAAGUACUGUAAGGCCCUCAAGAAAGGCCCUGGGCAGGGCCUUUCUUAA